AUUCAAAACAUUCCAAAUAAUCCUAGCCGUUAUAUCUGUACAUACGCAUGGGAACUAUCGAUAUCAGUCUCCAAUCAACUAUCGACACUCUCACGUGGUUCUGCUCCUUCACGCUUCUCUAUUUUUAAUGUUUACAAGUAUCUUUUAUUAAUUAAACAUGCAUUUGCCGCAACAAAGGCCGCAUCAUGACAUUGCCGCUUUAUUCGCGGCUGCCCAGCCCGACUUUCUGCGGGUAAGUGCGCCCAUGGUGCGAUACAGUAAGCUAGAGUUUCGACGAUUGGUGCGGAUGAACGGAGUGCAAUUGGCAUUCACGCCCAUGAUGAUAUCCGACUCGAUCAACAACAGCGAAAAGGCACGCCAGAACGAGUUCUCCACGGACCCCGACGAUCAGCCACUGAUUGCACAGUUUGCGGCCAAGGAUGCGACAGAAUUCGUCACGUCAGCGCAGCUCAUCUAUCCCUAUGUUGAUGGCAUUGAUUUGAACUGCGGCUGCCCCCAGAGCUGGGCGAUGUCCAAGGGGUAUGGAUGCGGGCUGUUGCGACAACCGGAACGGGUGCGAGAGGUUGUGCAACAGGUCCGGCGGACCCUGCCCUCGGACUUCAGUGUCUCUGUGAAGAUGCGUCUUCUUGGCGGCAGUGAAGAGGAUUCUGUAAAGAGGACCAUCGAUCUGGCCCGCCAACUGGAGCACGCUGGAGUCACUUUUCUAACACUUCAUGGUCGGACGCCUGCCCAGAAGCAUUCAAAGGACACGCUCAAUGUCUCCGCCAUGGAGGAAGUGCGCAAAUCCCUGCACAUUCCCCUGAUAGUGAACGGAAACGUGGAGUCCUGGUCAGAUGCCUGCGAACUACACGCUCAGACGGGUGCGGCAGGCGUAAUGGCUGCCCGAGGCCUGCUUGCGAAUCCGGCUAUGUUCAACAGUGAUUACCCGGCAGCCACGACUACUCCUUUGGCCUGUGUGGAGCAGUGGCUGGACAUUGCCUCUGCUGCCGGAGAUAAUUUGCUCUUCCAGUGCUUCCAUCAUCAUCUGACGUUCAUGUGGAGCAGCAAUAUGAAGCGAUCCCUGCGAGUCCAGUUCAACAGUCUGGGCACAAAACAACAGGUUGUGGACUUUUUCGGUGAGCACUACAAUGUGCGAACCACUACAGCCCGGCCAGAGCCGGCCCUUUACACAGACUGCACGUAUACGCACUUCACACCGCCCAGGCAUGCGAGGCACAUUGCUGCCGAGGCGGAGGAGAAAGCUUGGAGCUCUAAAAGCGAUGGAAAAUUCUUUACAGAGUUCAAGGCGCAUCAAAUUACCAGUCCAGCAGGCGAUGACCUGGAGCUGGGGGGUCUUUUUGGUGGAGAGGAAUGAUCAAUCACUACAUGUACAUGUAAUUAAAGGCUGGCAUCGUAAAAUUGUUUAUUUUAAAAAACUUGGUUGUUAACCCAGCGAUGAUUAGUUCACAUCGAUAGCCAGAAAAAGUAGCAUAUUUUCAAAAGUCACGGGAUACUAUCGAUACUUCAUUCCCAUCUCUAAUAUUCGUUUUACACCCGUGUUGCCAAUUUAGCUAUUUUCCCACAAGAUCUAUCGUGUUUCAAUUGGAAAAUGCGGGAUAAAUUGUAAAUAGCUGGAAUUAUGGCUACUUUUAAAGAAAAAUUGACGUAAUAUUAGCUUAUUAAAAACCUCUGGCAACUUCAUGUAUUUUAAUGCUUUUACGAUGCCACACUUACUUUGUCGUACUUUUUCGAUUCGAAUCGCA